AUGUAAUGUGAUAAUCAUACUCCUUCUCCUUAAAGAUUAAAUAAUAGAUUAUAAGGGUAAUAGGGGAGAACAUAUAACUAAAAAAAAGAACGUAAAGAAUCAAAAAAAAAUUUGGUUAUAUUUCCUAUUCAAGCCCAACGAACAAAUAAGAUCACUCAAUAAAUUUCAUCAUAGAGAAGUCCUUUUAAUUUGUCAACUAAAACAACUAAAUAGACAAUUGAAACAAAGAGAAGUGUAUCACCAGAAGAUUUUAAAAAUAAGAGUAGAAGUAUUGAAUUAAUAAAAAAAUAGAAAGUCCGUAAUAGCUAUAGCGAAAAUCACCAAAACUGAUCAUUAAUAAAAAGUCAAAAAAUACUUCCCCAUAAAAGAAAUCUAUUCAACAAAAGCAGAAAUCGUGUUAGUUGAAAGAAAAAUAAUUAAAGUAAAAGUUUAGAGAUAUUGAAAAUAAGAAGUAAUUUGGAAAACUUUAAAUUUAAUGUAAUCUAGAUAAAUUGAAAGAAAAAACAAAAAGAAUUUUUGAAAAACAGAAAAAACAUAAAAAAUAAGUCUCGAAACAAAAAGUUACAUAUAGAUAAAAAGUUAUAGAAAUAAAAAAAAUGUUUGAGUAACUUACGAAACGAUUUGAAAAAUUUUAAAAUGAUUAGAUUGAAUCUUUUUAAUAAAAAAUAUCUCAAUAAUAAUAAUAGAAUUUUGAAAAAGAAGAUGAUAUUGAAAAUAUUUAUGAAAUGUAUUUAAAUUAAGCAGCCUAAACUAUUUAAAUGUAUUGGAGAGAAUAUUAAAAAAGAUAAAAAUUAAAUUAAAAUUACUUCUAAUCUUUAAGGCAAAGUAUAGAUUGGGGACCAAAUGAAAUAUAAUCAUAAUAAUCAUAAAAUAGUGAAGAAGGAUUUUUAAUUAGCUAAGGAGGAGAAAAGCAAGUUCAUAUCUCUAACAUAAGAAGUUCGAUUGUCUCUGAGGAAUCUUUAUCAAUCAUGAAUCAACUUAAUUCAGAAUUAGAUAAUUGGAAUAUUUAUAUAUAGAGCAUUGUAAAAAACUAAGAUUUAUCUUAAAUUAAUAGGUAAAUGUAACAAUAGAUUAUGAAUAUUGUUUAAAAUCAUUUGAAGAAAUCUGAAAGUUUAUCUGAGAAAAGAAAUGAGAAGGAAAUUCAUUAAGAAAGAAGUUUUAAUUCUAUUCGAAAAAAAUUGAGUGAUGAAUUAUCAAAAUCAUCAAUUCUAAAACUAUAACAAUAAACAUUAAGAGAAGAAGGCAAACUUAUAGGAUUUAGAGAGGAAGCUAUUUAUCUCAGGUAUGAAGUUGAAAAAAAUUGUCUUAAAAGUGAUAAUAAGUAAUCUUUAGAAGAAUGGUUAAAUAAAGAAUUAGAAGAUGUAGAAAAUACAAAAAAGGCAAUAGAAAUAAGUCACAAAAGAGAAAUUUCUGCAUUAAAGAAGACAUAAAGAGAUAUUUUAAUUGCUUCAGUAGAAUUAGAAUAAGACUCUCAAGAGAAUUUAUAGAUAUAGUAAAUGUCUAAGUAAAUAGAUGACUAAUUUAAUGGAUCUUAAAAGAAAAAAUAAGAAAAUAAAUUUUCAGAAGAUAUUUAAAAAACAAUUGAUUUAAUAACAGGAGAAAUCUUUAAUGAUAUAAUAGAUGAGUUAAUAGAUGAAGUUCAAAAUAAUAGAGAGAAUUUCUUUAUUUUUAUAUAAGAUCUAAGUUUUUCUUAAAAUUUAAUUCAAACAGCUUCUACUUCGGUUGAAGAAAUCUCUUCUUAUAUUGACACACUUUUUAAGUAUAUACUAAAACAUCAUUUAAUGGACUUAUUAAAAAACUUGAACCUUCCUUUUGGAUUUACACCUUAAAAAAGAAUGAAACUUAUACAUGGAUAUGAUGAUGAUAAUAAUAAUGAAGAAAUUGAUGAAAACAUAGCAUUUCCUUUAAGUGAUAAAUUAUUUUUAGAGUUUGAAAAUCAACGUCUCUAAGAUUUGGAUGAGAAUGAUUAGAUAGCUUAUGCUAUUAGAGAUUUGGAGCAUAUCCAUAACAAGGCAAUUUUCGAUGCUUGCAAUGAGGCUUUGAAUUAUGUAAGGCCAUAUUUUUUCAGUAAUAAUAUUACUUAAACAAGAUUCUGGAAUAGCUUAUGCAUGGCAGAAAAUAAAUUAUAAGAUUAUUUCAAAAAAUUAAUUGGAAUCUAUUUUAGACUAAUCAAAAAAAAGAGUCUUGGAAUGGAGCAGUUUUUUAUGUGGUUUUCUACCUUUAAAUGAAAACUAGGAUAUAAAAGCUGAAAAGAGAUAAAUUAUUGAAGACAAAAAAUUAUAAAUGAAAUAAUAAUAAUUAAAUUUAGAUGAAAAUCCUUCAGGAACUGAUUUAAAUUUAUAGUUAGAUAAUUUAGGUUUGAUAAGAGAUGAACAAUUAUAUAAAUUUUUAAUAUUAGAUGUAAAAAAUUAAUUUAUUUAGAUAAAAGAAUCAGAAAAUAAAUGGUAUCUAAUAGAAGAUGAUAGAGUAGAUUAUCUAAUGGAAGUAAGUGAUUAAAUAUUUGAGACAUUAAUAGAAGAAAUUAUUAAAGAAUUAUGA